AUACAAAUUCAAUUACCUAAAUAUGUACAUACCUACUUAUGUGUGCAUAGGCAUGAGAAUGCGGUGAAAUCGUUUUAAUAAACAAUAAUAAAUACUGUGACAUUUUAAAAUACGUAAUCGUUAAAGGCAAUUCGUCAUAAUAAUUUAUUUAAAUGAUGGCGCGCUUAACAAUGUGCUAAAUAUCGCUGUCAGAAUUUUGACAUUUUGUUUCGUGCUUUUCCUUUUGCUUAAAACUUUACCAUAUUGAAAAAGUAAUUCAAGUUAAAUUAAUAUAUAAAAUAUAGACAUAUAUUCUUACGGAUAUUAAUAAUCAUGUCGUAUCAACUAUACAGAAACACAACACUUGGAAAUACUUUACAAGAGAGUCUUGAUGAACUAAUUCAAUAUGGUCACAUUACGCCAACACUGGCAUUCAAGGUACUCUUGCAGUUUGAUAAGUCCAUCAAUCUAGCCCUAAAUCAAAGGGUCAAGGCUAGAGUUACCUUCAAGGCGAACAAACUGAAUACGUAUAGAUUCUGCGAUAAUGUGUGGACGCUUAUGUUAAAUGAAGUAGAGUUCCGCGAAGUGCACGAAUUCGCCAAAGUAGAUAAAGUGAAAAUUGUAGCGUGCGAUGGAAAGAGUGGCGAAUUCAAUGGAUGAUGUAUUACUAUCGACACGACAAUAUGGAAAACGGUAUCGGUUCUCGGCUAAACUAUUAUAAUACAGGAUGCUGAUUAGGAUUUAGUGAAUAGAGAGGAACAUUUGAUUCAUGGACAAAGUUGUUCGGAAAAACAAAUAUUUAAGUAAAUUAGUAAAGUAAUUUAUAAAAAAUAUAUAUUAAAAUACAGAGAUGAAUUUUUUAUGACAAUUGUCUUAAAAAAUAUUUUGUAUACUAUUUAAUACUAAUCAAUUAAACCGAUAAGGUUGAAGAUUAAA